AAUUCCUUUUUUCAACGUUCCAUUUUCCUUUUCUGUUUCUCCGAUUUGCAUUAACUAUAUUUUUUUCACAAACCAAGUCGUGAGACCUCACUGUCUGAGAAACCCAACAAACCCAAACAGACAAAGAACCAUUUUUUGUUUCCCUCUCCCCUUCCAGAUCACAAAUUAAAGGAUAGAACGUCUUAAAAUCCAAAACCCAGAGAGAUAAGAGUAAGGGAAAGCAAAAAACACCUUAUCAUGGUAGCUGGUAAGGUAAGGUUAGCAAUGGGUUUGCAGAAAUCACCAGCAAACUCAAAGCAUGAAACUCCCUCUAAGCCUCCGUUGUCAUCUUCAACAAACUCGGCUAACAACUCCAAUUCUUCCCAGAAAACGGUUUUUUCACGUUCUUUUGGCGUUUACUUUCCUCGAUCCUCGACUAAAGUCCAGCCCCGUCCACCUGAUGUCGCCGAGCUCCUUCGGGUAGUCGAAGAGUUGAGAGACCGAGAGUCCAGGCUCAAAACUGAGCUUUUGGAGUGCAAGCUUUUGAAAGAAUCGGUUUCCAUUGUUCCUGUUCUGGAGAACGAUAUUGCGGUUAAGAAUGCGGAGCUGGAUCGAGCUUUGAAGGAGAUGGGAACUUUGAGGGAUGAAAAUGAGGCUUUGAAAAUGGAGGUGGAGGAAAUGAAGGGGAAGGUUGAAGAAGAGAGGAAAGAGAGGGAGAGGAAAGUGAGGGAAAUGGAGGAAGAGAUAACGGAGUUGAAGAAAACGGUGCCGUUUCUGCGUUCUGAGUGUAACGGUAAAGGUGAGAGUUUGAGGAAUUUGAAGAGAAGUAAUAGUAAAUGCUGGGACACCGUCGUUGUUUUCAGUGCUUCGAGUAAUGAAAAAAGGGAGGAGCUUGAAACUGAGAGACAGAGUAACUCAGAUGAACUCGUCGAGUCGACUCUUGUUAAUAUCAGAUAUCGUGUUCCUAGGAUCCCGAAACCACCGCCGAGACCUUCAUCAUCGUCAUCAACUUCAUCUAACAGCUCCCCUGAUUCAACAGAGAAGCAAAUUCCUCCUCCACCACCACCUCCUGCACCAGUGGCAACAGUCAAACAACUUGCACCUGCAGCUGUACCUCCUCCUCCCCCGACACCUCCACCUGUGAAAGCCGUUGCGCCGCCACCUCCCCCGCCGCCUCCGAAAGGGAAAAAAGCUGUCUCGGCGAAGGUGAGGAGAAUUCCGGAGGUUGUGGAGUUCUAUCACUCGCUUAUGCGGAGAGACUCGAAAAGAGAAGUCGGUGGCUGUAGCGCGCAUGAGCUUUUGCCUGCAACCGCCAAUGCCCGGGACAUGAUUGGAGAGAUUGAAAAUCGGUCGUCUCAUUUACUCGCGAUAAAGACAGAUGUAGAAACACAAGGGGACUUCAUAAGGUUUUUGAUUAAGGAAGUUGAGAACGCAGCAUUUACAGAUAUUGAGGAUGUUGUGCCUUUUGUUAAAUGGCUAGACGAUGAACUCUCCUACUUGGUGGACGAAAGAGCUGUGCUGAAACAUUUCGACUGGCCGGAGCAGAAGGCUGAUGCAUUGCGCGAGGCUGCGUUUGGGUAUUGUGAUCUCAAGAAACUAGAAUCCGAGGCUGCAUCAUUUAGUGAUUGUGCCCGGCAACCUUGUGGUCCGGCUCUCAAGAAGAUGCAGGCUCUGCUUGAAAAGCUAGAGCACGGUGUUUACAAUCUCUCCCGAAUGAGAGAAUCUGCUGCAAACCGAUACAAAGGGUUUCAUAUUCCUAUGGAUUGGAUGCUCGAAAACGGAAUUGUAAGCCAGAUCAAGUUGGCUUCGGUAAAACUAGCGAUGAAGUACAUGAAACGGGUAUCUUCGGAGCUGGAAGCAGUAGGGGGUGGGCCUGAAGAAGAGGAGCUGAUUGUUCAAGGCGUUAGAUUUGCGUUCCGUGUACAUCAGUUUGCUGGCGGAUUCGAUGUCGAAACGAUGAGGGCAUUCCAGGAACUUCGAGACAAAGCUAGAUCAUGCAACGUACAAUGCCAAAACCAACAAAGAUCUCUGUAAACAAACUCUGCUUCAGAGUUCAGAAAGUAUCCACCAUUUUGUGUUGUAAAGAUCGAGACAUCAAAUGUUUGUGAAUACAACACCAGCUGCUAUUGUUAUC